AGAACAUUGAACAUCCACAUACUAUAUAAGUUUUUUUUGUUACAGAGGGCAUUCUCAGCUACAGCAUGCCUCAAGGAGUCAAAGUCAAUUCAGAAUUGGAUCUCACCGAUCGCACUUAUGAUGGUGUAGAGGAAAUGAGCCACCUGUCAAAUGGUUUGGGCCAACUAGUGGAUGGGAAGAAAGGAAAUGACAAUUUCAACCUGGAUGUCUCUGGAUUUGGUAGAGGUACGGUUAGACCGAGAGAAAGGUCUCGAUGGAGAAAAACUGGGGCACAGCACGUUUCUCUCAUAGCAGAGAGUUUCAAAUUCUACUGAUUUUUCUGUAGAUCUUGGGAACCUAUCCGGUGAAGUACGAAGAGAUCUGACGAAAUCCAGGAAAUCUGAAGACAUCUCUGGAUCUCAUAUAUACUAAGUGAC